AUGGCCUGCUCCAGCAAUAACACUACAAGUGCUGCUGCUGCAACUGCUCACGAAAGGCGGACCGCAGAUUUCCACCCAACUGUCUGGGCCGACUUCUUCCUUACCCAUGUCUUCAACGACCAAGAGACUGUAAACGGCUGGAACGCGGGAAUCGAAGCGCUGAAGGAGAACGUGAAGGCGAUGCUGCUGUCAGCUCCUCCUCCGACGUCGUCGGAAAAGCUGAGACUGAUCGACGUGGUGGAGAGGCUAGGCAUCGGUUACCAUUUCGACGAAGAGAUCGAAGAGCAACUCCAGGAGAUCUAUCAUCAUCAUCCAAAUAAUAACAUCGACGAGGACCUCUUCACCAUCGCACUCCGGGUCAGUUUAGGGACGGACGUAUUCAAGAGGUUCCAGAACGAAGAAGAAGGAGAAGGAACCUUCAAGGAGGAGCUGGGGAGCGACGUCGAAGGUAUGAUGAGCCUGUACGAAGCUGGAUAUCUCCGCAUGCAGGGAGAGACGAUACUGGACGAAGCCAUCGUAUUCACGACGGCUCAACUGGCUAAAUACUCCGAGCAUCAAACUGGUUUGUUGCUGAUGAAACGAGUUGCUCGUGUCCUGAAGAGGCCCCUGCGUAAGGCCGUCGACAGGCACGAGCAGCUCUUCUUCAUCUCUGUUUACGAGCAGACGGACGGUCACGAUCCCAUUCUCCUGAAGCUGGCCAAGCUGAGCUGGAACUUCCUGCAACAUUUGUACCAACAAGAGCUCAGGAGCAUUACCCGGUGGUGGAUCGAUCUGGACUUCGCGACGAAACUGUCUUUCGCACGUGACAGACUGAUCGAGAUUUACUUCUGGGCCGUGGGAGCCAUGUGGGAGCCCAAAUUCUCGAUGGCUCGAUACAUUCUGUCGAAACUCACCAUGCUCGUGUCCGUGGUUGAUGACAUCUAUGACGUCCAUGGCACGAUCGACGAGCUCGAGAUUUUCACCACUGCCGUCGAGAAAUGGGACACCAGCAUGAAGGAUUUCCCGAAUUACAUGAAAAUAUUUUUUGCUGCACUAAUUGAUGCGUUGGACGAAGUAGACGCCAUUACUACCGGAGAAGGCCGGCCCUACUGUUUGGAAUACGGGAAGCAGACGGAGAAGAAUCAAAUGAGAGCAUACAUAACAGAAGCAAGAUGGUUUGCGAAAGGGGAAGUGCCAACAAUAGAGGAAUACAGGCGCGUCGGAGUAUACUCUUGUGGUUACCCUUUGUUAGCCUACUCGGCACUCUGCGGUUUGGGUGACAAGGCACCAAAGGAGGCGUUCGAUUGGUUGCUGGCGUUCCCCAAAAUCAUGGGGGCCGUCGCGGAUCACUGUCGUCUCAUGGAUGACAUCGUAUCUCACGAGUUCGAGCAGAAAAGAGGGCACGUCGCAUCAUCGGUUGAAUGCUACAUGAAUCAGCACGAUGUGUCGAGAGACGAGGCGGUUAACGCGUUGAAUCGAAUGGUGGAGGACGACUGGAAGGUCAUAAACGAGGAGUGCCUCGUGAUCAACCGCCCCGCGUUCGUCUGCAGGGAAGUUAUCUCGAUGUUUGUUGGGCUCGCGAAGGUGAUGGAAGUUCUCUACAAGGAUUUCGAUAGCUAUACCUUCUCCAACACCUCCACCAUGGACAUGAUCACAGCUCUGCUCGUCACUCCUAUGGACGUCGUCCCCAACUGA